AAGGGUUGGGUUUGAGGGUUUAGUCUUAGCCCCUGUUUUUCAACCCUAAAAAGUGACAAAAGCUGGCACUUCUCAACCCUUAAAACUGCUUUAAGGCUUUGAGGGUUCUACUAGACAUGCUCUUAUAUAAACCCUAAAGUCUUUGCAAACGGCGGCCAUCUUUCCGAGAUCGAUGGCUUGAUUGCCGGAACGGAUCGGAUCGGCAUGGCUUCGCCGUCGUCGUCGCCGCAAAAGGAAAUGAUGGGUAGGCCGGCGAGCAGAGAUCGCCUGAGCGACCUCCCGGACACCCUGCUGGGCCACGUCCUCUCCUUCCUCCCGAACAAGGAGGCCGGCCGCGCCGCGGGGCUGUCCCGGCGGUGGCGCGGCGUCUUCUGCAACGUCCAUGCCGUCUCCUUCGGGGAGCGCUGGGGCGCCAGGGCCAACGACUGGGUCACCUUCUACCACGAGGCGGAGGAGAAGAAGAGCUGCAGCGGGGCGCUCCUCGAUGAUGUCUGCUCCGCGCUCCUCUGCCGCCACCGGACCGCCGGCCACCACGUGCCGCUGCGCAGCUUCCGCUUCGCCUUCGACCAGUGCCACCACUGGAACUUCGUGCACGUCGACCAAUGGCUCGUCUACAUGCUGCGGCACGGCCACCAGGAGCUCCACCUCGACCUGCGCUUCUCCAUGGCCUCGAUCUGCGACGACGAGGCCGUGGACAGCGGCACCGACAACACCGACGACGAGGACGAGUCCUCCAAGCUGAGGAGGCGGUGGGUAUACGUCCUCCCGACAAGGCUCUUCACCUGCCGGGUAAUACGGACGCUAUGCGUCGCCUAUUGCCGGCUGAAGCUGCCGGCGGCCGCCAGCCUGCCGCUCCUCGAGACCUUGAGCAUCACGGCUCCCCACAGCGAUGGUGGGAGGAGCAUCCAGCGGCUGAUCUCCGGCUGCCCCCGCCUCGUCGACCUGACGCUGGAAGCUGUCCACCGCCUGAAGCGAGUAUCCAUGCUCGACCAACGCCUCGGGAGAUUCGCCCUCCGCUGUUGUCACAACAUGAAGUCUAUCGACAUCGACGCGUCGGAGCUGAGGUCGCUGGACUACUGCGGCACGGUACCGACUGAGCCGCUCUUGUCCUUGCACGGCUUGCCGGGAGUCCCUUCGUGCACGGUGGACUUUUGCAAAGUGCUCCCCGAGGAUGCAGGGUUUACGGGGUUUAGGGUGUUCAUGCAAAAAAUCUGUGAUGCCAAGCACCUCCAUCUGCACCAUCGUAAACUGGAGGGAAGGUUCUUCUCAGGUUUCCCUUUGUUCUCAAUCCUGACGAGGCUCGUGUUGCAAGGCCCACUCGUGAAUUGCGCCACCGUCGUCUCGGUGGGUAGAAUCCUGGAGCAGACCCCGAACCCGGAGGUCCUGUCGCUGUACAUGGAGGAGCAUGUCGUGUACACGAAAAAGAAAGAUGUUACCAUGGGCAUGGACCUGUCCAUGGGCAAGGAAGAUGAUGAGGAUGACGCAGUGGAGAAGGAGAAUGACGCGGAUGGUUCGUCGGUAGCUCCCGAUGAGGAGGCCAUGGUUCUUGACGAGUCGAGCUUCUCGAUGCCAUGUCUGCGGCACCGAGUGAAGGAGAUCAACAUGGUGCACUACGUGGGCGACGAGACACAGAGGAUGAUGGCCAGGCUGCUGUUCGGCAACGCGCUUGUGCUUGAGAGAAUGUGCGUCGUCCUCGUGAAGGGGACGUUGGCAUUGCAGUCUAAGCUCAAGAACGAGAUCGAGAGCUGGCUGGUGGCCGAUGCAGAAAAGGUUUUCCUGUGA